AAUUCUGAUCAUAAAAACUAUAUAUACGAGUAUAUUUGUUUACAUUUCAAGUAAAAUUUGAAGCUCUUGCAAAAUGGCAAAGGACAAGGAUAAGGACAAGAAAGGCAAUAAAGGGAAGAAGGAUAUACAGGCGUUUAAGAAGGAUGUCGAAACCGAUAACCACAAGAUACCGGUGGAAGAACUGCUGGCUCGUCUGCAAACCGAUCAGUUUAAUGGUCUAUCGCAUGCGGCCGCAAAACUUAAAUUAGAAGUAGAUGGUCCCAAUAUGUUGACGCCACCGCCAGUAACGCCCCAAUGGGUAAUUUUUCUAAAGAACAUGUUUGGAGGGUUCGCCAUGCUGCUCUGGGUCGGUUCAGCGCUCUGUUUCACGGCCUACAUCAUACAGCUUUUCACGCAACACGAGCCGUCCGAUGAUAACCUCUAUUUGGGCAUAGCGCUCUUCGCUGUGGUGGUCAUAACCGGCCUGUUCUCGUAUUUUCAACAGCACAAAUCAUCGGCCAUUAUGGACUCUUUCAAGAGCAUGGUGCCGCAAUAUGCGACGGUAAUUCGCGGCGGCGAGAUCAAUACGAUAUCCGCCGAAGAUCUGGUCAUUGGAGAUAUUGUUGAGGUUAAGUUCGGAGAUCGUGUGCCCGCCGAUAUUCGCAUAUUGGAGGCACAUGGCCUCAAGGUGGACAAUUCAUCGCUGACGGGAGAGUCUGAGCCUCAGGUGCGUAACACCGAAUACACGCACGAUAAUCCGCUAGAGACCAAGAAUCUGGCCUUCUUCUCGACCAACGUCCUGGAGGGUACUUGUCGGGGUGUGGUCAUUGCCGUAGGUGAUAAUACAGUGAUGGGCCGCAUUGCCAAUUUGGCUGCCGGCCUGGAGGAGGUGCAGUCGCCCAUAUCUCGGGAAAUCGCACAUUUUAUACGUAUUAUCACUAUCUUUGCUAUAAUUCUGGGCUUCACCUUUUUCGUCAUUGCCAUGAUGUUGGGUUAUGCCUUUUUGGAUGCGGCCAUCUUCCUUAUUGGCAUUAUAGUGGCCAAUGUGCCGGAGGGUCUAUUGGCUACGGUGACGGUUUGCCUGACUUUGACGGCCAAACGCAUGGCCUCUAAGAAUUGUCUGGUGAAGAAUCUGGAGGCUGUUGAAACGCUUGGCUCCACCUCCACCAUCUGCUCCGACAAAACGGGAACUCUAACACAGAACCGCAUGACGGUGGCGCAUUUAUGGUUCGAUCGGGAAAUUGUCGAGUCUGAUACAACAGAAGGCUUUCGUGGCUCUCUGUUCAAACAGACCGAUCCCAGUUUCAGCGCGUUGUUACUCUGCGCCACCUUAUGCAAUGUGGCCGAGUUUAAGGGCGGACAGGAAGAUGUGCACAUCACCAAGAAGGAAGUGAACGGUAAUGCCUCAGAGGCGGCGCUGCUUAAAUUCGCUGAGACCGUAUAUGGUGGUGUCGGACCGGUCCGUCGCAGAUACUUUAAGCUAACAGAGAUACCCUUCAACUCGACCGAAAAAUAUCAGGUAUCGGUGCAUGAAAUGGAAACGGAUGAUUCGUACUUCGUGGUUGAAAUGAAGGGAGCACCGGAACGUAUUCUAGAUCGCUGCUCAACCAUUAUAAUAAAUGGCGAGACUGUGCCACUAACGGACAAGCUUAAGGACGAAUUCGAGACGGCCUACAUGGAAAUGGGUGGCAUGGGUGAGCGUGUGCUGGGAUUUGCCGAUCUCCAUCUACCCAAAGCUUAUUUUCCACAAUCCUAUGAAUUUGACGCCGAACCCCCGAACUUUCCAUUGACAAAGCUACGGUUCUUGGGUCUCAUCUCACUGAUUGAUCCUCCGCGUGCCGCCGUCCCCGAUGCAGUGUCCAAGUGCCGUUCGGCCGGUGUGCGGGUCAUUAUGGUAACUGGUGAUCAUCCCAUAACAGCAAAGGCAAUAGCACGCAGCGUCGGCAUCAUUACGAAGCCAACAGCCGAGGAUUUGGCUAAACAGCGCGGCGUACCCAUAACUGCGGUGGAUCCGCGCGAUGCUACUGCUAUUGUGGUGCAUGGCGGUGAAUUGCGCGAAAUGAAGGCCGAGGAUCUCGAUUCAGUCAUUUACUUUCACAACGAGAUUGUGUUUGCGCGCACCUCGCCCCAGCAGAAGCUGAUCAUUGUCGAGGCAUGCCAGCGUAGGGGCGAAAUAGUCGCUGUCACGGGUGACGGAGUGAACGAUUCGCCGGCGCUUAAGCGGGCCGAUAUUGGUGUGGCGAUGGGCAUUGCUGGCUCGGAUGUGUCCAAGCAAGCGGCUGAUAUGAUCCUUCUGGACGACAACUUCGCGAGUAUUGUGGUGGGCAUUGAGGAGGGACGUCUUAUAUUCGAUAAUCUAAAGAAGUCCAUCGCCUACACACUCACCUCGAAUCUGCCCGAAAUCACGCCAUUCCUUCUUUUCAUGACCUUCGAUAUUCCACUGGCUCUAGGUACAAUUGCCAUUUUGUGCAUUGACAUUGGAACGGACAUGAUGCCGGCCAUAUCGCUGGCCUACGAAAAGGCUGAGUCGGAUAUUAUGAAGCGCAUGCCAAGAGAUCCCUUUGAGGACAGAUUGGUGAACAAAAAACUUAUUCUGAUGGCCUACUUGCAAAUCGGCGUCAUUCAAACCGUUGCCUGCUUCUUCACAUUUUUUGCCAUUAUGGCAGAGCAUGGUUUUCCCCCGAGGCGACUGUUGGGUAUUCGACACGACUGGGACUCGAAGGAUGUGGAUGACUUGUUAGAUGGCUUUGGGCAAGAAUGGACAUAUCGAGAGCGUAAAGAGCUGGAGUACACUGCCAGCACGGGCUUUUUUGUCUCCAUUGUGGUGACCCAGUGGUGUGAUCUGAUCAUUUGCAAGACCCGCCGUAACUCCAUUGUACAGCAGGGCAUGACUAACCAUGUCUUAAAUUGUUCAUUAAUCGUCGAAACCGUCAUUGCCCUACUUAUUUGCUAUGCGCCUGGAAUGAAGACGGCUCUGCGGAUGUAUCCUGUUAAGGCUAUUUGGUGGACCUAUGCAUUUCCAUUUGGAAUUCUCAUUAUUCUAUUCGAUGAAGGCCGUCGUUAUCUCAUUCGUCGUUCUCCUGGUGGCUGGGUGGAGCAGGAAACAUACUACUAACAAAUUUUCCAUAUAAUCGGUGUAUUAUCAACUGUUCAAAAAUUGCUGUGAAUAUUUCUGCGUCGAAAAAAUCGAUAAAUAAAAUAAGGAAACAAACUUA